CGGCCCCGCCCCUCCCUCCCUCCCCGCCCGCCGGAGGAUGCUGCCGGUCCCUGUCUCCGGUGCGGGACCAUGAGCCGGGCGGAGGCCGAGCCCUGCUCCCGGGCGCUGGCGCAGGCCCGCGUCUACCUGGGCCAGCUGCGGAGCCGCGUCUCGCCGGCGGGCCCGGAGGGCGGCGGGCGCCGGGAUUACCUGGUGGAGGCGGCGCGGCAGCUGCGGCUGGCGCUGGAGCGCGACGUCAGCGAGGACUACGAGGAGGCCUUCAACCACUACCAGAACGGCGUGGACGUGCUGCUCCGCGGGGUGCAGGUUGACCCCAACAAGGAGCGCCGGGAGGCCGUGAAGCGGAAGAUCACACAGUACCUGAGGCGUGCAGAGGAAAUCUUCAACUGCCACCUCCAGCGGGCUGCAGAGGGCAGCAACCCCGCCGCCACGGGUUACAGCAGCCUGCGCUUCCGGCCCAUCAGGACCCUGAGCUCAGCAGUGGAGAACCUGAGACGGUGCAAGGUGGUGGGAGUGAUCGAUAAGGUGCAGAUCGUCCAGGAUCCUGCCACUGGUGCGACCUUUAUACUUAAGAGCCUCCCCAAAUCCCAUAUUGAGACCCGUGAGCGACAGACCAUCAUCCCUCAUGGGGUCCCCUUCAUGGUCAAGCUGUUGUGCUACUCUGUGAGCGAGGACUCCAUCUUCCUCCACCUGGAGCACGUGCAGGGAGAGACACUGUGGUCUCACCUCCGCUCCAAGUACCACGUCCAGCAGGGCUCUGCAGAUUCAAGCACUGCUCAAGCCCUCAGGGACCUUGGCAGGGAGGACGGUGUGGGAAGCUCCCAGAGCAGCAGCCAAGUCUCCAUCUUCUCUGCUCGGACAGGCAGUGGUUUCCCAGGCUCCACAACCCACCGAGUACCGGGAAACACUGACGCUUCACCCCCUCGGGAGCAGACUCCCAUCCCCACGGACCGUGUUCCAGCAGCACCAGCCAAAGGCCCCAGCCACCUCACCAGCCACGGCCCGGUCAUCUACCCCUGGGACUCCCUAACCAGCAGCACCGGCUGUGUGUCAGAGAGAGCAGCCUCCCAGCCAGGCCCCCGGCUCCCCCAGCCUGUACUGAACACUGCGAGAGGGGCCCAGCCGUCACCUCAGCAGGUGCCUGAGGUCCCUGGGGCUCGGUCCCUCCUGACCUCGGGUCGGAGGCAGCUUCGUGCAGGAUUUGCUCCGCCCGGCUCUGUGCAGCCCCGCGGGCCUGGCCCGGUGGCGCGGGAAGCCUACGGAGGGCUGGGCCAGCAGCCGCCAUCAGAACAGUGCCGGGCUUUGGCUUCCUGGGGGCAGGGGCGCAGGGCAUGGGCCGUGCGGGAGGAGCAGGUGCGGCUCUGGGCAGCUGAAAUCCUCCUGGCCCUGGAGGGGCUUCACCAGCAGGGCGUGCUGUGCCGAGACCUCAACCCCAGGAACCUGCUGCUCGAUGCGGCGGGUCACAUCCGUCUCACCUUCUUUGGCCAGUGGACAGAGGUGGAGCCCCAGUGCUGCAGCCAGGCCCGGGAACAGCUGUACAGUGCCCCAGAAGUUGGGGGGAUUGCAGAGCCCACUGAAGCAGCUGACUGCUGGAGCUUUGGCUCUCUCUUGUAUGAGCUGCUGACAGGAGUGCCGCUGUCCCAAAACCACCCUUCAGGGAUUCAACCUCACACCCAGUUGCAUGUGCCAGAGGGGCUCAGCCUGGCUGCUACCUCACUGCUCACAGAGCUCCUGCAGUACAACCCAAAGCAGCGCUUGGGCUCUGGAGGAGGUGGCAUGGCAAAGCUGAAGUCCCACUCCUUCUUCAGCACUAUCCUGUGGAACAAGCUGGUGGGCUAGGCAGGCCGUCCCUCCUGUGGAGAGCUGCGCACAGCCACUGUCCCUGGUGGCACCGGGAGCUCUGCCUGCAGGGGCUGCCCUGGGGAGGGCUACACAUAAGGUUUUGCAGCCUUACAUGUUGUCUCUGCCUGUGUUUGUUGGUGUCUCCAAGGAGGCUGUGGUCUGGGCCUGGCUGUCUUCUCCUCCAGGUCCUCCCUGGUGGAAAAGGGAGCCCAGGUGCUCACCCCUGGAGAAAGGCCAUGUGCCCUUUUUCUGGGGCACCCCUUGCUCAGCUUAGCACCGUGCCCCAGGGCUCCUCACUACAGUUUUUAUCUCUGCUCCUACCACAGUGACCCCCCGUUGCCCUGUUAUAUUUUGUGGCUUCCACGUGCAUCACCUCUGGGCCCUGCUGGCUGGAGCCCAAGCCUGGGGCCUGCCCAUCCCUGACUGCAUGUGUGUGUGGGUGGUGCCUGC